AUGCAUCUUAACACUUGUCUCGCGUUUCUGUUGGUGGGUCUGGCAUUUAUCCAAGCAAUUUCAGCGGAAGAGAUCGAAGAGACCUUAGAAGAGGAAAGCCUGAAGACCGAGGAAAUUGACGAUGCCAAGGAAAGGCCUAAGAAAUCAACGAUCUGGAUGGAUUUGAGGAAGCAACCUCAGGUUCAAACCUUCAACUUGGUUCCUAAGUCACAAAAUGUCAAGUUGAUUCCUAAGUCACAAACUGUCAACCUAGUACCACAGUCUCAGACAGUCGUGCGUCAGCCAACUGCACCAUUUGCUCAAAACAUUCAACAAGUUCCAGGGAAAGUGGAAACUCUCAACCAACAAAAUGCACCAGCAGCUGUUCGAACCCUCGGUAUUCAAUCUGCUGCACCUGUAGUUCAAUCCUUCGGCAUUGAGGCUGCUGCAGCACCUGUUCAGACUAUCAGCCGUCAACCAGCUGCACCUGCUGUCCAGUCUUUCAGCAUUGAGAGUGCUGGUGCACCAAUCCCGACACUCAACGUUCAGCCAGCUGCAUCUGCUGUCCAAUCUUUCAGCAUUGAGAGUGCUCCAGCAGUUGUCCAGACACUCAGCCGUCAGCCAGCUGCACCUACUGUCCAGUCUUUCAGCAUUGAGAGUGCUGCUGCACCAAUCCCGACACUCAACGUUCAGCCAGCUGCACCUGCUGUCCAGUCUUUCAGCAUUGAGAGUGCUGCUGCACCAAUUCCGACACUCAACCGUCAGCCAGCUGCACCUGCUGUCCAAUCUUUCAGCAUUGAGAGUGCUCCAGCAGUUGUCCAGACUCUCAACCGUCAGCCAGCUCCACCUGCCGUCCAAUCUUUCAGCAUUGAGAGUGCUGCUGCACCAAUUCCGACACUCAACCGUCAGCCAGCUGCACCUGCUGUCCAAUCUUUCAGCAUUGAGAGUGCUCCAACAGUUGUCCAGACUCUCAACCGUCAGCCAGCUCCACCUGCCGUCCAAUCUUUCAGCAUUGAGAGUGCUCCAACAGCUGUCCAGACUCUCAGCAGCCAGCCAGUUGCGCCCGUGGUUCAGAGCUUCAGCAUCAAAUCUGUUCCUCAGCCUAUCCAGGCCGUGAAUGUGGUCCAAGCUCAGCCUCAAGCGGCAAUAAUCUCUGAGACAAGUCCAGCUGUCAAUUCUCUGAACAUUAUCGAACCAGCUGUUCUUCAAGCUAACAUGAGCUUGGUGGAGGCUGCUCCAGUAGUCAGUGAGACUAUUUUGGUUUUGGGAGAAUCAGCUCCAGUUGUUGUUGAAAACAUCACCGCUACUGAGGAGAUGGUCCAACAACCUGAGAAGGUUGUCGUUACUCCGUUGCAGAAAGAGGUAUUUGUGCCUCUCUACAAGGAACAGAUGUACAUUGCACCUAUAAGAUCUGUCGCUAUGCUGACUGAACUUGAGCCAUUGGUUUCUGUUCUUGAAAUGGAUUGCUCUCCCUGCCUUUCAUCUAUAGGUCCUCUUAAGUCAGCUAGUGCUGCGCUGCAGCCUGCACUUUGUGAUGGAGCAAGCGGUAUAUGCUACGUAUUCAAACAGAGUGAUAACUGA